AUGAACCUUCGAGUUGCAACCCGAGAGGAUAUUCCGGCGAUCGAGGCCUUGAUGACGGCGUCGAUGAAAGCCCUGUUGCCGAAAUUCCUCGACGGUAAACAAGUCGAGCGAUCUAGUGAAAGCAUGGGGGUCGACACAUUGCUCGUCGAUGAUGGCACCUAUUUCCUGGUCUACAUUGAUGAGAUGUUAGCAGGUUGUGGAGGCUGGUCACGGCGGCGCACGCUGUAUGGUGGCAAUCACACCCGUGGACGCGAUGAUGCUUUGGCUGAUCCAGCGACCGAGCCGGCCAAGAUUCGCGCCAUGUUCACCCAUCCCGAUUUUACCCGGCGAGGGAUUGGCCGCUUCCUCUUGGAAGCCGGCGAAGGCGCCGCCCGGGCCGAAGGCUUCAAGACCAUGGAAAUGGGCUCCACCGCGGCCGGUCGACCGCUUUAUGAAGCUUGCGGCUAUGAGUUUAUCGAAGAUCUGUCGCAACCGAGUGAAGACGGCAUCGUGGUGCCCGUGCUGCGCUUGCGCAAAAGCCUAAUCUAG